AGCCGGGAUGGCUGUGCCCACACGCGCUCUCUUCGUUAUCCGUGAUUCGCGCAGUACUGACUACUACACCCUUCGCAUGAUCAUUGACUUUGAUGACACGAUCAUGCGAGAUGGCGUGCGGCACCUGGGAACCCGCUCCGCUGCCCAAAUAUUGUAUUCCCUUCUCCCUUCUUUGCCCAUCCGCUGCUCUGUGCUCCGCGCCACUUCAUAUAACGCCGCGACAGAAUUCUGUUAAGCGUCCCCCCUCAACCACCCUCACACCUCUCACUUUAACCACCUCCCACACACACACAUAAGUGUCUUCAAAAGAACAGCAUGCCCGCUCAGGAGUAUAACGUUGGCUGCUACCUGCUGGACCGCCUGGUGGAGAUCGGGUGUGGUCACCUGUUCGGCGUUCCCGGCGACUACAACCUGCGCUUCCUGGACGACGUGACUGCGCAGAAGGACCUGGAGUGGGUUGGCUGCGCGAAUGAGCUGAACGCUGCGUACGCGGCCGACGGGUAUGCGCGGUGCCGCCGCAUCGCCGCCGUGCUGACGACGUACGGCGUGGGUGAGCUGAGCGCCGUGAACGGCAUUGCCGGCGCGUACGCCGAGCGCAACCCUGUGAUCCACAUCGUUGGUGGGCCUUCGACGGAGGCGGAGCACGGCCACAAGAUGAUGCACCACACGCUGGGCGACGGUCUGUUCCAGCACUUCAGCCUGAUGAGCGAGAAUAUUUCUUGUAUGACUGCCCGCCUGACGGUGGAGAAUGCGCUGACCGAGAUCGACCGCGUAAUCCGUGGUGUGAUGUACCACAAGAAGCCCGGCUACAUCUUGAUGCCGAUGGAUGUGGCUGUUGCGCCGGCGUUCCCGCCGACGGUGCGCCUUGCGCCGCGCAUGGCCGAGUUCUCGCAGGACGCGCUGGACGCCUUCAAGGUUGCGGCGGAGGAGAAGAUCAAGAGCUCCAAGCGCACCUCCGCUCUGGUGGGCUACCUGUGCGACCGCUUCCUGUGCCACAAGGAGGCGCAGGCGCUGGUGGACGACGCGCACAUCCCGUUCGCGCACAUGCUGCUGGGCAAGGGCACGCUGAACGAGCAGUCGCCGAACUACCUCGGCUGCUACUUCGGCUCGUCGUGCCCCGACAGCGUGCGCCGCCCGGUCGAGGAUGCCGACGUGUGCGUGAUGCUGGGCGUGAAGUUCCACGACUUCGGCACCGGCUACUUCUCGCAGAAGAUUCACCUGGACCACAUGAUCGACAUCCAGCCCUUUGAGAGCACGAUCAACGGCCGCGUGUACCCGCAGCUGCCGAUGAAGGACGCCAUUCUCGCCGUGCACGAGAUUGUCAUGAAGUACUGCGACAACUGGCCCAAGAACGAGUCGAAGCCGCCGCGGUUCCCUGCGCCGGAGGACGAGAAGUUCUCGAUGCGCCACUUCUGGAACGAGGUGCAGGACAACCUGACGGAGGGCGACAUCAUUGUGGUGGACCAGGGCACGUCGAGCUCAGCGGGCGCGGGCCUGGUGCUGCCGCGCAACGGCAAGUGCAUCGUGCAGUGCCUGUGGGGCUCCAUCGGCUUCUCGCUGCCCGCUGCCUUUGGCGCGCAGCUCGCGGAGCCGCAUCGCCGCGUGAUCCUGUCCGUUGGCGACGGCUCCGCGCAGAUGACGAUCCAGGAGCUGGGCUCCUUCCUGCGCCACGGUCUGCGCCCGAUCGUGUUCCUGGUGAACAACGACGGCUACGUGAUCGAGCGCGUGAUCCACGGGUGGAACGAGGCGUACAACGACAUCGCGACGUGGAACUGGUGCGCGCUGGCGAAGGCGAUGAGCGCGACGGAGAACCAGGCGGACACGGCGACGGUGAAGGAGGUGGGCGUGAUCGCGAGGAUGAUGAAGGAGACGCAGAAGGAGCGCAGCGCGCUGAUGUUCCGCGAGGUGAUGCUUGGCCGCCACGAGCUGCCUAUCGUGUCCCUUGCCUGGAAGCCGAACUAA